AUGGCUGAGGCUGCAGUUGACUUCUUCCAGAGACAAUUCACACAAGAAGCUGAGCCUACAAGUUUUGAACUACUGAACAAUGUCCCUACUAUGGUAUCUGCUGAACAAAACAUAGAGCUAUGUACAACUCCUACAAGAGAAGAGGUAAAGGCAACUAUUUUUGCAUUGAGUGGUGAGAGUGCAAGUGGCCCGGAUGGAUUCACUGAUCUCAGACCAAUACGUUUGAGUAAUUCUAUAAACAAGGUCUUCUCUAGAGUACUUCAUGAUAGGUUGGAAAAGACUCUGCCUACAUUGAUCUCUACGAAUCAAUCAGGAUUUGUCAAGGGAAGAAGUAUUUUUGAGAAUAUUUUGUUAACUCAGGAGAUUGUCACUAACAUAAGAUUAAGGGGUAAACCUGACAAUGUAGUGAUCAAACUUGACAUGGCAAAGGCAUAUGAUAGGUACUUAGUUCUGAUUAAUAGUCAAGCAUCACAUUUCUUUCACUCAACAAGAGGUGUUAAACAAGGGGACCCUUUAUCACCAGCCCUAUUCAUUCUCUCAACAGAGCUACCGUCCAGAUCUUUGAAUAAGCUUUUUGAAGACAAACUAUUCAAGGGUUAUAGCAUGCCAAAGUGGACUGAUCUAUUGAACCACCUAGCCUAUGUUGAUGACACUAUCAUUUUUGCUUCUCCUGAUCAAUACUUCUUACAGAAGAUAGUUGAGGUUUUGGCUAAGUAUGAGCAUAUAUCUGGGCAACUAAUUAACAAAGAAAAGUGCUCAUUCUAUGUACACUCAAACACUGCUGCAACAUUAAUCAAUACAGUAACAGACAUAACUGGCAUCUCAAAGGGUGAAUUUUCUUUUACUUAUUUGGGUUGUCCCAUUUUUUAUACAAGAAGAAGAAAGGAGUACUACAAUGAACUUACACAGAAGGUGAAGGCUAAACUACAUUCAUGGAAGGGUAAGCUCUUAUCUUAUGGAGGCAAAGCUACUUUGAUUUCCAGUGUGCUUCAAAGCAUGCCAUUUCACAUUUUGCCAAUACUUGAUCCACCUGCCAAUGUACUACAACACUUACAUAAGAUAUUUGCAAGGUUUUUCUGGAGAAACAAGGAUGAAGGAAGAAGUAGACACUGGACAAAAUGGCAAAACUUAUGUUUGCCAAAGGAUGAAGGUGGAGUGAGGUUUAGGUCUCUUGUUGAAACUGCAAAAGCAUUAUUUGCAAAACUGUGGUGGAACUUCAGGACUACUAAAUCACUAUGGGCCAAUUUCACGUGGAAUAAGUGUUGCAAGAAAGAAAUUCCUACAGUGGUUCAAUUUAAACAAAGAUCACAUGUUUGGAAAAAAAUGUUAGAGGCAAGGGAAGAAGUAGGACAUGAACUAUUAUGGGAGCUGAAGAGUGGAUCUUCAAACAUAUGGCAUGAGAAUUGGACUGGUUUAGGUGCAUUGUAUCAUGUCAUACCUCCAAAGUUUCAUAUUAAUGAAGAACUUCAAGAAGUAGCUGAAUUGAGAGAGGAAAAUGCCUGA